AUGUUCACCACCCUCAGAGCCACCCCCAGUACUCCGGCCAGCCUCACCCGCUCGAUCUGGCUCGGCUCCCACUCGGAUACGAUCUAUGGCCCAGCCACCCCAGUCGGACUCAAGGCCGCACUGGCCAUCAUCCGCAUCGACGGCCCCCAGGCCAUCCAGCUCUGCCGCUCCAUCACCAGGCCGCUCAAUCCAAGCAUCCCUCACUCCCAUCUCCCCCCUCCUGCUCCUCGCAAGGCCACCCUCAGGAAGCUCGUCUGUCCGAUCACCCAGAAGGUCAUCGACCCAGAGGCACUCCUCCUCCGAUUCGACCAUCCCAAACACGCCGCAUCCACCAUCGAGUUCCAUCUACACGGCUCGCCGGCCGUCUCCAAGUCCCUCCUCAGCACCCUCUCCCAGCUAGACUAUCUCAGACUCGCCCAGCCUGGCGAAUUCACUCGCAGGAGGUUCGAUCGAGCUCAUGGAUCAAUGGAUAUCAACAAAGUCUUGGGCCUCAAGCACUUGAUCGAAGCAGAAACUGAAGAACAAAGGAGAUGGGCUGUCUCCGAAUUCGAUUCCAAAUUUGAUCAUACAUACCAACAGAUGCGAAAGAAAUUGAAACAAUCCAUGGCACUUUGUGAAGCGAUCAUCGAUUUCAGCGAAGAUGGAUCCAUGGAUGAUCGGGAAAUUUGGAACCAAGUCAUCGAUCAUCUCCUCGAUCUCCAAUCGACUAUCAACGCCCAACUGUCUCAAUCAAAACGACGCGAGAAGAUCUCCAUGGGCAUCAAGGUCUCUCUCUACGGCUCUCCAAACGUCGGGAAAAGUACUCUUCUUAACUACUUGGUCAAUCGAGAGGCUGCCAUCGUAUCCCCCUAUCCCGGUACCACUCGCGACAUAAUCGAACUGUCUAUCGAUUACCAUGGGUUCCCCAUCAUUCUAUCAGAUACCGCUGGACUCCGCUCGAGUACUGAUCCAGUCGAAGAAAUCGGAAUUAAUCGAGCCAAGGAAAAUAUCGGAAAGGCGGACGUUCGAUUAUUAUUGGUCUCCGCAGUUGAUAUGGAUUCAUUUGAUAGUCAAGAUUCAAUCCUGAAGCAAGAAGUCCAAGAUAACCGACCGACGAUGAUCUUAGUCACUAAGACUGACCUACUUAUAGAUUCGCCUGAACAAAUCGAGGGAAUAGUCAAGAAACUCGAUCAUCACUUUCCUGGUGUGCCGGUUCAUCCCAUCAGUGUUUUCGAUCAAAUCGAUCAGCAUGGAAUGUCCCAGUUCAUCAAAUCAUUUGAGAAUCAUUUGAGAUCCUCCUAUGGAUCAGAGGCAUCGGAAAACCAAAACUCGUUCUAUUUAACAAAUUAUCAAAAGAUCCAACUGGAGAAGAUUUUGAGCCACAUAGAAGGGUUUAUUAGUCGAUUGAGGUCUCAUCUCUCUGGUCGCGAGGAUGACAAUCAGCAGCUUGAAGACCUUGAUCUGGUGAUUCUGAUCGAAGAAUUACGACUGGUUUCUGGCCUGUUAGCCAAACUAUCCUUCACUAAUCUUCCGCCCUCUCAACUCGAUCAUCAUCACCCUGCGCACGAAAUUUCGACAGACGAAAUACUGGGUGAAAUUUUUCAAAGCUUUUGCAUUGGAAAGUGA